AUGCCGGGUCUGUUGCGGAAACUCGUUAUCGUCGCCGCGGCCGACGGCCUCAUUCUGCACGCGCACGGCGCAAACGGCACCCGCUACAACGGCAGCAACAACGAGGCCUCUUCAAUCCAGAUCGACUACAAAUCGAAGAAGAUCUCCGCUGUACCCACCUCAACCUUUCAGUCCUUAGAAACCCACAAUGCAUUAGAGUCCUGGGGCCUGGUCGGCCUCUUAUCUGUCGCCUCGUACUCCUUCCUCAUCUCCAUCACACAGCGUGAGCAGGUUGCUCAGAUCCAGGGCCGCCCCGUCUACGCCGUCGCCAAUGUCGCCGUCAUCCCAGUCUCCUCCCAGGCAGACGCCCUGCGCGCCAUUACCCAGGCCCGCAACGAGGUCUCGCAGAGCGAUUCAGACGCGGUCUCGGAGCCAGAUGAGGAGAACCCGGACAACGUGACCGACGCUGCGGAGACGGAGAUUGGCAGCGUGCCGGCGUCGCCGGAGCGGGACCGCGACGCGCGCCAUGCCCGCAAUACCAGCGUAAGUAGCAUUGCGGAGGAUGUGAUCGAGAAGCGAGUACGGUUUGGCCGGUUUGCGGCGAAUUGGCUGUCCAGGAAGAAUCUGGGGCUGCCGCGUCCUGGAGCGCUUUCGCAGAAUCCGCCCGACUCGCCGUUUGACGAGAGCCCGGCUCUGUCGAGGGAGGAUCCCCCGGCUGGAGAUGUGGCCGAGGCUGUGGGGAAGGAGGCUGUGAAGAGUGAGCUUGAAGAGCAGGGUAAGGGGGAGCAAUCUCAGGCUAUGGAUCUAUUGCCGAAGUUGCUGCGGUAUACCAAGUUGCUGUUUUCGUCACAUAAUUUCUUUUUCGCGUACGAUUAUGAUCUUACCCGGUCUUUUCAUGCGCAGGAGCUAUCCAAAGGGCAACUGCCUAUGCACAAGGCUGUGGAUCUUCAGUACUUUUGGAACCAUCAUCUCGUAUCUCCCUUCAUUGAUAGUGGCUUUCAUUCUUUUGCAUUGCCAUUGUUACAGGGGUUCGUUGGACAGAAAGAAUUUACAGUUGCAGCUCCUAAACAGGAAUUAUCUCCCGGUUCUGAGGAGCAGCCCGUUGCGCAAAUAAUCGGAGAAAGCCAAGAUGCCAACAACGUCACGACACAAGCCCCAAAACAUAACUUUCUGUUGACCUUGGUCUCUCGACGAUCUGUUAAUCGCCCGGGUGUGCGUUACAUGCGCCGUGGCGUUGACGACGAGGGCAACACUGCCAAUACGGUCGAAACGGAGCAGAUCCUCUCCGUUCCUGACUGGGAUCCCUCCCACAAUGUCUACUCCUAUCUGCAGGUCCGAGGCUCCAUUCCUCUGUAUUUUUCGCAGUCACCAUAUGCUUUCAAGCCGAUCCCCAACAUGCAUCAGUCGGCUGAGAUGAACCAGCUCGCUUUUGGUCGACACUUCAGAGAAAUGAGCCGGCGAUAUGGGAAAAUCCAGGCCGUCUCGCUGAUCGACAAACAUGGAGGCGAACUGAAGGUUGGCGAGCAGUAUCAGCGCUACACCGAAUUUUUAAAUAAGAAUGGUGGUAUAGAUGGCGUGCCACUGAAUUUGGAAUGGUUUGAUUUCCAUGGCGAAUGCCGUGGCAUGAAAUUCGAGAACGUGUCUCGUCUGGUGGACCGCCUGAAGGACACUCUGAAUGAUUUUGGAUAUACGAGUGUCAAAGAUGCCACUAUCAUUCGUAAACAGACUGGUAUUGUCAGAACGAACUGUAUGGACUGCCUCGACCGCACCGGCGUGGCACAGUGUGCCUUUGGCCAAUGGGCUCUUGAGCAUCAGCUCCGGGAAGAGGGCAUAAACCUUGACUUCGGUGGUGACUCCUCGACACAAUGGUUCAAUAUCCUCUGGGCGGACAACGGAGAUGCCAUCUCAAAGCAGUACUCCUCCACUGGAGCGCUGAAGGGCGAUUACACCCGGACGAGAAAGCGGGACUACCGCGGUGCGCUCAAUGACCUCGGACUUACCCUGACACGGUACUACAACAAUAUCGUCAACGACUAUUUUUCACAGGCUUGCAUCGACUAUCUGCUGGGCAAUGUUUCGGAGGCCGUCUUCGAUGAGUUUUCCAUGGCACUCCAGACCACCGACCCCGGAAUUUCUGUGCAGAAGAUCCGACAGAAUGCCAUUGAUACCAGUUGCAAAAUCGUGAUUAGUAGUCCCUCUGAGGAGUUUCUGGGCGGAUGGACUAUGUUGACUCCCCGCCAACCUAAUACUUUACGAACCCUUCCGUUCGAGGAGUCGGUCCUACUGCUCACAGAUGCCGCUGUAUACAACUGCCGAUUUGACUGGGAGACAGACAAGGUUCGAUCCUUCGAACGCAUUGAUCUUCGAUCUAUAGUCCACAUCCAGUAUGGUACCUAUGUCACCUCGAUUUUGACCGACAGUCAAUCCGAUGAAAGCCGGAACGUGGGGCUUGUUAUUGUCUACCGAGACGGCGAUGACAAUGCCUUGCGCGUGAAUACCCGUACCCUGAAAACAGACAUUUCUCCCGCGGCACUAGAGCCUGCUUCUCAGAAUGGCGAGUGGGACCUCAUCUCCUGGUUGCGUGGCCGCAAGCGAGCGACAUUGCGGUUCGGCGCGUUCAAAUCCCUUCCCCUGGAUAAUCCCCGAACAAGUCCCCGUCUUGGAUCUGUCCCUGGCGGUGUGCGUGAAUUGGAUCGUGUUCGAUCGAUCUGUUCUGAUAUUGAGCGAGCGAUGCUGGCUGGUGAUGGUCAGAAUACUGAGGCAUCUGUGGUCGAACACGCUGACAUUAUCUCCUUGGCUGAUGCGAAGAAGCGCACCGGUAUUCUGGAGCAUUUAGUCUACGAUAUCAAAAAGAUGGUCUGGGCGUAA